CGACCGAGUUUCGGAUCUGCUUGAGUUUUGUUUAUCUAUUGCUGAUUACCGCUGGUAGAGAGGAGCGAUGACGGUUGCAGGAGGGUUGCAGCAGCCAGAGCGCGCGGAGCCGUCGCCGCGGACGCAUCCAACCAGUUGUUCACGCGCGUAUGCCGCCACGCCGUCGCCGGUGACGCGUCCACUUGCACAGCAGGCGUGUGCCCGCACCGCCGUUGUUCUGUUGUUGACGACGACGCCGAACCAUGCCUACCUACUACUUCUUGGUGUUCACCGGCACUUAUACACUGGUGCAGGCGCUGGUUCAAUUCAUUAUUUCACUUAUGGCAAUCGCACAGCAUUACUGUGUAAUAAACUUUCUCAGAGGGUAUCCGCUCUUGAUUUACAUCCGGAUGUUAUAUUUUCAUAACCCAAGUAGUUGUGGGACCGAUAUUAACAUCGGGGAAAGCCUGGAGGACGUAGCCAACGAAGCCUACGUCUACAUAGCAUCCAUGUCUUUCGUCACUACCAGAGCAUUUAUAUUCAGCUGCAUUAGCAUCGGAUUAAGCGUGCUUUGGGCGGCUGGAAGCAUUCUACUAAUCAAAGGAGGAUGGAGAAAGCACCAUUCGAACCACGUGCACUGGCCUUGGGUUGCAGUUUCUUUUCUUGUUGGCCUAGAGGACAUAGUCGGCAUAUUAUGCUACAUCAAUGAUUCUUUUCAUACAGAAGUAACGUCGACAACGCGGGCCCCCGCGCUCCUGACGUUGAGGGAUUCAUUAGAAUUCAUAAAUGGAAUAGGCAGCGGUUUCGGUAGCAAUAACCCCAGCACAAAAUGGGCGUCGAGGACCAUGGCUCUCCUUCAUGGACGAUUCGGCAUCUGCCUACUCAUCAAUCUAGGGCUCAUUAUUUUUACAAUACUGGAUUGCUCCCGGCACCGGACAUCAGUCACGUCUUCAGAGAUAGAGCGACCAGGUAACUUGGAUACGAUCCCGGACUGGAGCAGCAAGGCGGAGGAGGGCAGCGACGAGCCCCCGCCGAGCGAGCCGAGCGAACCGGCGCCGGUGGCCAAAAUACCGCGCCCUGGCCUCAGUCACUCUUUCCGCUCUAUGAAGAACAUGCUAUUCCGUAGAUCGGCUUCUCUGAAUUCGUUAGACAACAGGAACAAAAACCGUGUGAACUUCAUGUCCGAGGAGUCUACCUCCGACCCCGCCCAGCCCCCGCACAGCUUCGAGAACCUCAUCGCGGAGCAGCAGCGGCGCCUGCGCGGGGCCACGGUCGACACCGCCGGCCGCCGCGGCUCCAUGCAACCCGCGCGCACUCUUCCGCACCUGAGUACCAUCAAAGUGCAAGAAACGUCCCGCGGCGGGCGCAGCACAGGCGGGCAACUGCCGGGCCAGAUGCCGUGGGCGUACAUCGCGGGAGCCCCGGCCAACCGCAUGAGGGACCAGCUGCCUCCGGACGAGGACCUCCCCCCUGUGCCACUGCCAGACUACACUGCGUUGCAGUCUCGCAGGAAAGCAUCCGUGCAUCGGGCAGCUUCGAGUCUAAGUUCAUUGACACAAAAGAAGGACUACACUAACUCCAAAUCCUCUCAUCCGGGGUCAGCACAAGUUGAUGUGUUGUACUAGAGAGGAAAGCAGCAACCUGAAUCGAAUAUUGAUGGAGAAGUAAAUCAGGGUAGUCUUCAAUCAUCACCUGAUUUCUCGACCGACGUCGAUAUUACCUACGUGUGUGAC